ACUCUCAUAAGUCAAAAAUCGUACCCUGUCUAAGAAAAGUCAUAUAUGUCACCUUUAUUUACGUCAUUGUUAUACUAGCCAUUUGAAUAUCUUGCUUAUACAAAAAAAUUGAACCCCUAAUACUGCAGCAAGAAGAGAAAAUGAGUAGAGAAGGUAAGGUAGUCUGUGUGACCGGAGCGUCCGGUUACAUUGCUUCAUGGCUAGUGAAGCUCCUUCUUCAACGUGGUUACACCGUGAAAGCCACAGUUCGCGAUCCUAAUGAUCCAAAGAAAGUAGAGCAUUUGCGUUCUCUAGAUGGAGCAAAGGAACGGCUUUACUUAUUUCCUGCAAAUCUGUUGGAGGAGGGCUCUUUUGAUGCUGCUGUCGAAGGUUGCGAAGGUGUUUUUCACACUGCAUCCCCCUUAACCUAUGAUUUUAAAGAUCCGCAGGCUGAGUUGCUUGAUCCUGCAGUGAAGGGAACACUUAAUGUUCUUAAUUCCUGUGCAAAAGUUCCAUCAAUAAAGAGAGUAAUUCUGACAUCUUCAAUAGCAGCAGUUGUAUACAAUGGCAGACCUUUGAGUCCUGAGGUGGUAGUUGACGAAAGUUGGUUUUCUGAUCCUGAUUUUUGUAGGGAAUCAAAGGAGUGGUAUGCUCUCUCCAAAGUAUUGGCUGAAGAUGCUGCUUGGAAGUUUGCGAAAGACAAGGGUAUUGACAUGGUAACGAUUAAUCCAUCAGUUGUUAUCGGACCAUUAUUACAGCCAACGCUUAACACAAGUUCUGCUGCAUUUGCACAACUGUUUAGUGGAUCAGAAACUUAUCCUAACAUAACUUUCAGUUGGGUUCAUGUCAAAGAUGUUGCUAAUGCUCAUAUCCUGGCACUCGAGGUACCAUCAGCUAACGGCAGGUAUAACUUAGCUGAAACUGUCUCCCAUUUCUCAGACACAGUGAGGAUACUAAGAGAGCUUUACCCUGACGCCGUACUCCCUGAAAAGUGUGCAGAUGAUGGUCCUUUGGAGCCGGCAUUCCAGGUUGCGCAGGAGAAAGCUCGCAGUUUGGGUGUCGACUAUAUCCCAUUCAAAACAAGUCUUAAGGAGACUGUUGAAAGCCUCAAAGAGAAGGGGUUUAUCAGCCUCUGAGAUUCAUUUGAAGAUCAUAAACUAGUGUAUGAAAGGCCUCGAGUGUAUGUUGAACUAAUGUAAUUUACUAGUGAUUGUAUCUGUAUGCUGCAUUGGUGAGUGCUAGUUUGGAUAUUGCUGCGUAUCAAAGGCAUACUUGGAGUAUCAGUUUGGAUAUUGAGCUGAAAUUAUCAUAGAUCAAGUGCUUAUUGCUGAGUUUUGAUGA